AUGGCAACGACAACUGAUCAAUCACAUAUAUCUGCAGUUGGAGCAAUCACUCAACAGAUGCUCCCUUUAGAGUUGAUCGACAAGUGCAUUGGACAGAGGAUUUGGAUCUGCAUGAAGAAUGACAAGGAGUUCGUUGGUACACUGCUGGGCUUCGAUACAUACGUCAAUAUAUUCCUGAAAGAUGUGAUUGAAUACGACUUUACACCAGAGGGCAUCAAGACUAUCAAUCUGGACACAAUACUACUUAAUGGAAACCAUGUUUGUUUGUUGAUACCAGGUGGCGAAGGACCUUUGGCAAAGCCAGCAAAGUAG